GUUGCGGUAUAUAGAUGCGACAAAGCGUUUUGCAAGUUCGGUCUGAGUAACCUUCAAUUCUAGUAUAUCCAACUGCCUCUUUGACCUGUUAGCAACUUCCGUUGUCUUUGCUGUUAUUUCUUUUUAUUAUUAUAUAUCAUAUUGAAUCUUUGUUUCGGGAAGAAAUUGUACAAAGAAUGCUUAUGUAACAUCAACCCCGUAACACACAGAACCCUAUCCUCACUUUUUUAUUCCCUGUCCAAUUCUUAUUUUUUAUUUUUUAUGUUGUUUCAACUCUUCUCCUGAUCUUUUACUUGUGUUGUCUUUCUGUACUCUUGUUUAUUGUUGGCAAAAAUGCUCGUUUAUAGUGCUACAGUGAGUCCGCGACUCUUUGUAUUUAUUUUUCUCUUUCUUCAAUAAAACGUAAAGGUUUAAACUUUAGUUUCUCUUUAUUUAAGACACUUUGUACUUAUUUUCUGUUAAGAUGUUUCAAUUGCUUUGACACCGCCGCCAGCUAACAGUACCGGUUCAUGGGUACAACAGCUCACAUGGGCAUCAAAUAGAGUACCAACAGAUGGAUGUUCUGUUGCCAUUUUAUCAAAUGUUGUUGUAACAUUAGUGACAUUAAGUAAUUAUAUACCACAAAUUAUUGUUAAUGGUACACUCAUACUCGGCGGUUCACAACCAACUUUCAGUUUUGCUCAUGAAAUUCAAAUUAUUGUUAACGGCCUGUUAAUUGAUAAUACACAACAAAAGACGUUUAUUUUACUUUAUAAUUCACAAAUACAAAUAAAUAGUGGUGGAACAUUUAUAACACAACCAACUAUUGUAUAA